UAACAAGUUGAGAUGCUAGAACUUUUUAUAAAUUUUGUUUGAGCCAAGAUUUUAGAUCAAGUGCAUAAUAUGACUUUAAUUAUUUUUGCAUGAAAUUCUUACGCUACUUUAUCAAAAGUCGAGAAUGAGCGAUUCUGAGGAUGAGUUGCCUAGAGUAACAGGCCCCGUAGAAGAUGCUUGGUCCUUGAAAAUUCCGGAGUUUAAGCCAGAACAUAACCCGCACCGGCUUCUCGAAGAAAGUUCCUUUGCGACUGUAUUUCCAAAGUAUAGAGAAAAAUACAUGAAAGAAUGUUGGCCACUUGUGCAGAAGGCCUUAAACGAGCAUCAUAUCAGAGCAGAACUCAAUCUUUUAGAAGGCAGCAUGACUGUAAAAACAACUCGAAAAACGUGGGAUCCAUACAUUAUUAUCAAAGCUCGUGAUAUGAUAAAACUUAUGUCUCGUUCAGUGCCUUUUGAGCAAGCAGUUCGAGUUCUCCAGGAUGACAUAGGUGCUGAUAUCAUCAAAAUCUCGUCUUUUGUAAGGAACAACGAAAAAUUUCACAGAAGGCGGCUUAGGCUCAUUGGACCAAAUGGCUGUACUUUAAAAUCUAUAGAACUGUUAACCAAUUGUUAUGUGCUUGUACAAGGACAAACAGUAGCUGCACUAGGGCCAUACAAGGGCUUACAACAAGUGCGACGCAUUGUAGAAGAUACUAUGAAAAAUAUUCAUCCAAUCUAUAACAUUAAGGCAUUGAUGAUCAAGCGCGAGCUUGCUAAAGAUCCUAAGUUAAAGAAUGAAAAUUGGGAAAGAUUUUUGCCUAAGUUGAAGAGUAACAAUGUGUCGAAGCGAAAGCAGCCAAAGAAAAAGAAAAUUAAAAAGGAGUAUACACCUUUCCCACCGCCUCAGUUAGAAAGGAAAAUAGAUAAGGAAAUAGCUUCUGGUGAGUACUUUCUUACGGCAGAUCAGAAAAGAACUAAAAAACGCAAAGAACAAGUGGCUAGACAUGAAGAAGCUGCUAAAAAGAGAAAAGAGCGCCGAGCUCAAGUAUUUGUACCACCAAAAGAGAGUAAAGAAAAGGUCAGUGAACAAAAGACUAACUUGGAUCUUAGUGAGUUUAAGAAAAAAGUGAAAAAAGCUCUUUCAAAUAAGGGAAAAAUAUUGUAAAUCAAAAAUUUAUGAUAAUGUCGACAAAGAUUUUUUAUAAUAUUUUAUUAAAAAUUUCGUUACAAUUAUAUCGUUUAAUACACUAUCUGUACUAUCCAUUGUUGUAGCUGGAAUCUGUACUAUUAAUUUUUGUGGCAUAUACCAAUCCAUUUUAUUGAAUCUAAUUAUUGGGCUGAAGUAAUCCUUGUAACAAAUAUACUUGGCAGUGAAUAUUAUGAUUGUUGCUUGGGCAGAAUUUAUUUGAAACAGGCAUUACCUCUUAUCACAAACUAUAAAUUGCACGAUCACUCUUUUUUUUAGUGAUUUGUAUGAGUCUUAUAUGUUAUUUUCAUAACACAUUUGUAUUAUAAACAUUUGCACUGUGUAAAAAUAAUGGUUGCAAUGCUCAAGAUGUCAAAAACCUAAUCUCAGAGCUCUCUUUGUACCUAUGCCAAUGUAAAAUUACUUGAAAUUUUAAAAAUUAUCAACAAAUGAAAGUGUGCAUCUGACAAAUCAAUAUUAUCAGUGCAAUGAAAAAUCUGUAAGAAUCACUUUAUCAUGUUUUCAGACAUAAUAUUUAAAUAUACAUUCAUUACAUAAGUUCAG